AUGGAGUCUGCUAAAUUAAAUUUUAACAUGAAUGGCCACCAAAAUAUCAUCGUGAUGCGUCACGGUGAUCGAGCCGACUAUUGUGAGCCACUUUGGGUUACAACAGCUGAGAGACCGUGGGAUCCUCCGCUCGUUCACUACGGUAAGGUUCGAGCCUUUCAAACCGGUCAAAGAAUCCGAUCUCAAGUUGGGUUUCCUAUUCACCGUGUCUUUGUUUCUCCUUUCCUACGAUGUAUCCAGACCGCUGCCGAAGUUGUCGCCGCUCUCUCAGCCGUCGAUCACAACGCUACGUUUUCUAAUGACAUGCCUUCUAUCGAUAACUCUAAGCUCAAGGUAGCUAUUGAAUAUGGAUUGUGUGAGAAACUAAAGACAAUGAGUGAGGUUGCUCCUAAAGAUGGGAAAAUUGAUUUCAAAAUCUCAGAUCUUGAAGCUAUGUUUCCUGAGGGAACAGUGGAUCAUAAUGUGGAAAUGGUUUAUAAAGAGCUGCAACAAUGGGAGGAAUCUAGGGAAGCCUUCAAGGAUCGAUAUGUUCAUACACUGAAGGUUCUUGCAUCCAAGCAUCCUUCUGAGAAUUUGCUCAUAAUCUCUCACUGGGGAGGAGUAAGUGCUACACUUUACAAAUACUUCAAAGAUGCAACUAAGUACUUCAUAGACUACUGUAGUUGUAUCGAACUGAGGACGCAGAUUACGAAUAAUGAUGAUGGGUCUGGUAGUUCUGUGGAAUUUGAGGUGGUUAAUAGUCAUGGAAUAUCUUACACGGAGAACAAUGUCUCAAUCCAUGAUCAUGUUAUAAGCCAUCCUUCUGUUUAA